AUGUUGUUCAUUACAAAGUUUACGAGUCUCGCUCUACUCACCAUUUCCCUACUUGCAAUUCCUGGGUUGAGCACAGCAGCACCUCAAAAAUCAGUGAUUGUUUCGUAUCCGGACGAUACUCCAAACGAUGUAGUACAGCAAGCGAUGGACGCGAUCAAAAAAGCUGGAGGUACUAUUACACAUGAAUACAACCUCAUCAAAGGCUUCGCUGCCAAAGCUCCAGCUCAAGUCCUUGUUACUGUUCAGGCAUGGGGAAACGAUUAUCAUGCCGUUAUCGAAGAGGAUCAGGUUGUAAAUGCCAAUAACUAA